AUGACCAUCUGUCCUAAACACAGAAGAGACCUGACAGUCGACUGGAGAGGUCGUAAAAGUUCGACAUGUUGCUAUCCAUCGCACGAAGGUCAACGCAAGCAGGUCAAGGACCCACGCCGUGUCAAUUACGCAACGUCCAAGGAAAUCUUUGCUUUACACAAUGCUGCUGUCCCAGUUGGGUCCAGUGAGUGUCUCUUAUUACUUUAAAAUCCUUUUGUCGAUCUUACCUGGUAAAUUACGUUUCCCAUAAAUAUCACGAAAGGCUCUAGGCUCUAGGAGUAUCGAGUAUGACUAUUGCAGUGAAAGCCCUGGCAUCAAGUUGCAAAUUUUAAGGCGCCACUAUGGGCCUCUUCAUAUGAGCCCGGUUGACCGGGCUGACUCGGUUUCCGAGAUCUUGCCUCACCUCUAAAUCCUUUGUAAAAGUUUUCAAUGUGUUCAUAUGAGAGGGCGGGCUGGCUCGGUUCCCGAGAUCUCGGUAAGCGGGCUGGAAAUUUUGCCAUAUGAACACAUCAUCCCGGUUACCUCGAUGAACGGCGGGAUGAAUUCUGGCGGUCCGGAUGGCAUCGUCUUGCAUUGCCUGCUGUAUUUUCCACAUCAUAAGCAUCCCAUUUAACUGCAGUGAUACAGCUUUAAGAGUUACCGAUGCCAAGAUAGGCCCGAAAGUUAAAAUGUUUGUGUUUCGCUAUGUUGCUUUGUUUCCCAAAUUUGGCGCCAGAACUCGUACCCAGGAUCUUUGACCUUUUCUCAUCUCGGAAACCGGGCUGAAAUUUCUCAUAUGAACCCAAGGCAAAAUUCAUCCCAGUAACCGAGCCAGCCGGUCAACAGGGCUCAUAUGAAGAGGCCCUAUAUCAACAGAAGCGCGGGGGGUGGGGUAAAUUUCCUUAGAUGUGCCAUAAAUCAAACAAGGGUGAGCCAUCCUCGGAGACCCAGGGGCAGUCAGUCGGGUCGGGAGAAAAGGCGCGAAAAAAGUUUUCAAGCACAGACUGACUGCCCCUGGGUCUCCGAGGGUGGGGUGAGCAAGCAAGAUACUUUUAUUCAGAACGGAAGCUAGCCUGCGAAGCACAGACGUAUUUCCGGUCGUCGCCUCUCUCCCUCCGAAAAAUAACAGAGGGAGAGAAGCGACCACCGGAAAUACGUCUGCGCUUUGCAGGCUAAACGGAAGCCUUUUUUGCCACAAAAAGUCUUUUCAAGUGUUGUCGUGACAGAAGCUACAGCGUGACACGCCUACAUGAACAGGAACUAUAAACUACAACUGUAAACGUUUUUCAGAUUAUUUUAGAACAGGAAAAUUAUUUCAAAUAAAAAGUAAUCAUUCAUCUCGCGCUAUUUUCUUAAAAUGUUUUAAGUGCUCGUACUUUUCCACUUUCACUGAUGACAAGAUUGAAACUCAAUUUCUAAAUUUUAGCUGUCCCACAAACUAUGUAUAAGAUUCGAUUUUUGGGGUUUGAAGUAAGAGUGACAUUUUUAAUCUUUAUCCAUUUUAUUUGUAUUAGCUAUUUGUGUAAAGUGUCGCACAGAGCAUUACAGACUACGCCAUGAAGAAGACUCUGAAAGAGGAAGGGGCGAUCAGCAGGUUGUGUAUUUGCUUUCUUUAGUCACGCAAUUUAAGCUAGGCAUCUGA